AUGCCCAACAGUACCCAUCUCAGCUUCAGGCUGGAUUUUAGAAAAUGCUACUCCAAAAGCACUGGUGGUGAAGAAAUCCCCAACGAAAUUGAAAAGUUAUCCUCCAACGAGUACCACAAGAUAUCGGACCUCUAUCUCGAGACCCUUUUCGACAACUUGGAGUUGAUCAGCGAGCUAGACGAGAACAUUGACGUGGAAUACAGUGAUGGGGUCAUGACGUUGGAGCUCAGCAACGUAGGGACCUACGUUAUCAAUAAACAACCUCCCAACAAGCAGAUCUGGCUCAGCAGCCCCAUCUCGGGUCCCAAGCGAUUCGACUACGAUGCUCCCUCUGGCAAAUGGCUCUCGCUCAGAGAUGGUUCCAUCUUGGGCAACAUCCUCCGAACAGAAAUUAGCAACGCCCUCCAUAGCAAGCACACAUUGGAGGGAAUUGACGACUAA